UGCUGUGUCUGAAAAAUUUGUUUUAAAGAAUGUCUUUUUAUGACAAUAUUGAGUGUAAGGGAGACACUAAAAAAUCGAAAGUCAUUUGUCUUUGUUCUUCUGGCAAGUAUUGGAAUUUUAGGAAGUGUGAUCUUUUCAUUUACGACAUAGUUGAAAUUUAUUUUAUACGAUUUGAUGAAUCUUGACAGAUUUGUUGGAUAUUGAUACCCUAGGAUUGGUUUUGUCUAAAUAGAAUGGCCUAGUAAUGUUUCAUGUUUUUGAUGAGUUUUUGGAUCUAUGUAGAAUUGUGAAUUAAGUGUUAUUGAGCCACGUCUCUAUAUUGGAAUUGUCUGAAAGUGGUAGAAAAACUGUUGAAAAAAAUUGAUUUCUACAAGCUUUUAAUUCCUAAGUCCUUGGGAAAAGUGCUAUAAUUGAUUUUAUACAAAAUUUUCAUGUUAGAUGUGGAACUCCUGGAGAAGCUCACACACGGUUAAUUGUGUUAUGUGCUUUAUAUGUGAAGCGUUCAGUCAUCUAUUUGACUCGAGGGAAUAAUGUCACUGAUAUCAGGACUCUUUUUGUCACCAUACUGGAAAACUACAAAUUCAUCUCCUAUGUGUCUCUCGUGAACAUACUGCUAUAGAUUACCAAACGUGAAGUUGACAUGAACAGACAUCUUAUCUAGAAACCCUGUUACAUAUAGUAACAGAAAUGUUCCUAUAAAACUACUACUUUUAAAAUUGUUAAUAUGUGAAGACAGUUGUUUUUUUCCAUGGAACUAAUCACUAGGAAUCAAACAUUACUUAUUCUAAAUGAUUUGGAAAGUUGCUGAAAAAUUAUGGUCUGCAACCAGGAAUAUGCGGCAUACACCGGAAAUGUGCUCAUCUUUCGAGGAUUCUGAACUUAUUUCUUUGCAUGAUCUGCAUGUGUGUGAAAGUGGGUGUCCAUUGAUAGAAGAUGAUCAUCCACUUUUUCUAGAACAUCACCCAUUGUUACAAGAGGAUCACGAUGAGAACUGUUGCAGACGGCAACCAAGCAGAACGUUUUCACAUAGAUCACGAGGCACGAGAAGAUCAAGUAUAACAUCUUUAUGGAGUAGAGAGUCCACUACCUCAAAACACCGUCGACCAGAUUUAAGGAUUGACAAUGUUACAGCAGAAACGAAAUUUCAUCAGCCUGUGCCUAGUCCUGGUAUGCUUAGUACCCACUCCAUGUGGAGCACCAGUGAUUUAUUGUUGUCUCCCAGUCCAAGACAACAACGUAGAGACCCAGAUUCUUUUUCAAGUAUAUCUAAUACCAACAGUUUGUCCAAUGUCAGCAGUACUCUUAGUGAUCGUAUGCAUGAGUUGGUGCGAGCCUUCUCUAGUAGAACACAAAGAACAAAAGAAAGAGUUGCUCAACCAGCAACACCAUCUUCGACAUCUAGUUAUGAUGCCAAAUCAGCAAUAUCUGAUGUGGAUGAUCCGCCGCCACCUAGAAAUAUCCGACUUGGAUCAUUUAUACCUAUGGGGUCACAGACAAGUGAAGCUUUCUCUGAAGCAGAUAAAGACACUUUUGUUGGUGUGUGGUCCUGUCGGUUUAAACUUCCCAAAUGGUUACGUAAAUUAAAAUUCCCAGAUACCAUGGAACCACAGAGCAAGUGGUAUGUGUCUUGGUUAUUUUUGGUAAUGAUGGCAUAUAUGUAUAAUGCAUGGGUAAUACCAUUACGUGGUGUUUUUCCCUACCAGACAAAAGAUACCCUUAUUUAUUGGCUGGUUGUUGAUUACUUGUGUGAUUUCCUCUAUAUUAUUGAUAUCCUUGUAUUUAAAGUUCGUUUACGUUUUAUCAAUAAUGGCAUUGUUGAGACAAAUAGAAAGGAAACCAAAAAGCAUUACAUGAGAAAAUGGAUGUUUAGGUUAGAUGUUCUAGCAUUGAUGCCCUUAGAUCUGUUUUAUUUAUUGGUAGGAGUUAAUCCAUGGCUUCGUGUACCCAGGUUAUUAAAGAUUCAAACAUUUUGGGAAUUUUAUGAGAGAUGUGACCAGGCAGCAAAAUCUACAGCUCAUACAAUCAGAAUUAUUAAGACCAUGACAUAUAUGUUAUUUUUAAUUCAUAUUGAAACAUGCGGUUAUUAUGCUGCGUCUGUUUACGAAGGCUUAGCUGUUAAUCGUUGGGUAUACGAUGGUACAGGAAAUGCAUAUAUAAGAUGUUUUUAUCUGGCUACUAAAACAGCAACAUCUAUUGGCAAUAAUCCCAAACCAACUAAUGAAUUAGAAUAUCUGUUCAUGACAUUAUAUUGGUUAUCCGGUGUGUUUGUUUUCGCUUUGUUAAUAGGACAGAUUCGUGAUAUAGUAGAGGCAGCAGGUCAUGUGAAAGAUAAGUAUCAAAAGAAAAUGGAUGCUGUUUCUUGGUACAUGAGCUCAAUAAAUUUGCCUAAAACUAUACAAGACAGGGUUCGAGAAUGGUUUCUUUAUAAUUGGGAACAGCAAAAAACAUUAGAUGAAAGAUCACUUCUGGAAGCAUUACCAAAGAAAUUACAAGCUGAUAUGGCUAUAAGUGUCCAUUUUAAUACUUUAAGCAAAGUACAGUUGUUUCAGGAUUGUGAUAAAAAUCUACUAUAUGAUUUAGUAUUAAAGAUGAAAGGUUGUUUAUUUUUACCUCAGGAUUAUAUCUGUAGAAAGGGUGAAGUAGGGAAAGAAAUGUAUAUUGUAAGUCAAGGACAAGUAGAUGUCGUGGGAGGUGAAGAUGGAGAAACAGUUUUAGCUACUUUACAUGAAGGAAGUGUUUUUGGUGAAAUUAGUUUAUUGGCUAUGUCUGGUGGUAAUAGAAGAACAGCUAAUGUUAGAUGUAAAGGUUAUACAAAUCUAUUUACAUUAUCUAAAGCUGAUUUUGAAGAAGCUAUGAGAGAAUAUCCUGAAGCCCAGAAAUUACUCAAGAAAAGAGCCAAGAAGCUAUUAAAGGAAAAUGCUGCAAGAGAAAGAAGAAGUAACAAAAUGGAAGCGGAAGAAAUCAUACAUACACCAGCUGGUACUCCUAAAUUACUUAAAACAGUCAUAAAGGUUAUGGAUCCUGAUUCUAAUGUCGUAAAACAACUUGGUACCUCUCUUAAGAGUAUAAAUAGUCAGAGAGAAAAUUUAUCCCCUGAUUCAGCUAAUGCCAGUCGCACAUCUUCAUCUUUAGGUCGAGCUAAUUCACAGUGUAAUCAUAAUAAAGCUUUCGAAUUUGGUUCAGAGUUAUCAUUAUCUGAUAUACCUAAUGAUGAUAAAGAUUGUGAUAGUUUAAAAGAUGAUGAAGAAGAUGAGUUAUUAGUUAUAGAACAAAUAGAAAGAAAUAUAGAAGAAGCAGAUUUAUUAAAUAGAGAGGAAAUAGAUAAGGCUAACAGUAGUGAAGAAAGUCAAGAUUCGGGAAUACCAAACAUGAAAAGAAGUAACAGUCAAUGUACAGAUAAUACACUCAGUAAUCAAGAUAGUAAAGAUUCCUUUAAUAUAAAUGAUACUUUACAAGUUGUUAAGAAAAAUUCUGUUGGUUCAGAUACUGAGUCAGAUGGACAGAAAGGUGGUAUGAUCCGUCAUCUUCCCACUCUCAAUAUACAACUUCCGACACCAAUAUCCUCCGAAAAUACCUCUCCCGUAUCAGUUAGUCGAGCUAGUAGUAAUGCAGAAAGUAACUCACGUUGUAGUAGUGUUAGUAGUGUAAAAAGUGUUAGUAGUCAGGGCAGUGUUAACUCGCGCCCACCAAGUAGUGCAACCAAAGAAAAUUCUUCAAGCCCAGUUAUUUCGCGUGAAAGUAGUGUGGACACACCGUCACGAUCACCUAGCAUUAAAAGUGAGAAAGGAUCAGUAAAUAACGAUAGUCCGAAAAGAAAGACUAGUGAUAGCAGUCUUAGAAAAUUGACGCCAAAACGAAAGAUAUCUGUUAUAGAGGUUCAGCCAGUUGAUGUGGGUACCAAAACGCCUAGGAUUUCUUUAUCAGACUCUCGUAAGACAAGUGCCUCCUCUCUUGCUAGUGUACCAGAACAAAUAAGUGAUGCAAAUGCAAAUGUUGCCGAAAACAAUGACCAAAAUUUGAAAAAAUUAACUGUGGCUGAAACCCAUGAAAUCCCUCCAGAAAAUCAGAUAACCUGUGCAGUAGAAAUACAUCGAGAAAAAUCACGGACUCCUACUUCUAUUUUUUCUUUAACACUGGAUGGAAAUAUAGUGGAAGUAAGGUCAGAAGGUCAUAGAACUCGAGAAACAGCUCUUUGACCGGUGUAUGCAAAAUAGUCAUCAGUGGGAAAACAUUUAAAUCCAUAUUUGAACUCUUGGCAUAAGUAGAUAGUAAAAAUUUACCUUUUCUUGUGUAUGACUUACUACAGUAUACUCUUAUAUAUGGAUAGUACUUUCUAGUCUUUUGUUUAUCAGAAAGGUGAAAUAUUACUGUUGUUCAAGAUGACCAGUUUGAUUUAUAACAUUGUAUUGUAUAUAUCUUUAUACAAUGUGUACACAAUAAAAUUGUUUUACUUGUU